AUGGAAAUCCGCUGGCUGCAGCAGGUAGAACAACUCACCCAACACGCCAAACAGAACAUAGUGAGAGAGUCCGUCGCAUUCAACACAAUAUUGCUUACCGGUCGACGCCUCGAUCUCACAGGCAUCCCGCAGCCAGGCCAACAUGACGGCCGUGAACACGGAGCUGCGGCGGCAGGUCAUUGCCAUUUACAAGGAACUCUUGUACCUAGGCCGCGAGUACCCCCUCGGCUACGACUACUUCCGCCCGCGCCUGCACGGGGCCUUCCGCGCCAACGCCGCCCUGCGCGACGAGGAUGCCAUCCGCCGGGGCAUCGAGCGGGCCGAGUACGUCAAGAAGGAAAUCGAGGCUCUGUAAGUCAUGCGUAUGGUCGGUCCUCGUGGUUGGGGAACGUCAACUUCUAUGUGCCAUUGACCCCCCCUUUCUCACGACUCAAUACUAGAGGGGCUUCCUGUAUCCGUCCACACCAGGCGUCGUCUUGAUCUAAGGGCCCGAGAAGAGAUCCUCUCGGGCUGUCAUCGUCCUCCAUCUUCCCCUCUCUACACUCAUCUUCAUGCCCAUCCCAACAGCCCUUCAAGAUGCCUGCUUCGUGCAAGUGCAUGAACGAGAGAGCACAUUUUGCACAAUGACAUACACGUCAGUCCCGAAAACGCAUGCCACGCACGAAGUCUUGUUACGUAGCCUUCAUCCAUCCUUCCCCCCAGUUGUCAGAAUCAGCAUCAUCAGUAUUAGUGUCCCUCCCUUUAUUCUCACACACCACACAAAAGAUUGUCACGACAAGUAGGCACGAGGGGCGCAUACAUGGCCACACGCAAAAGCAUUCUGGUAGAUGGACGACUUGAACAAAGAUGUAGAUGAUGACGUAGAUGUAGAUGUAGAUGUAGAU